AUGCCAUCCUACUUCCUGCCUUACCCAAAGGCAAAGCCUACACAUUUCAAAAAGAAGCAGAAACCACCACCGCUGGACACGGCUCAGAAAGCAAAACAUCCUUACCCGCAUCCUCAACCCGAUCCACCCAACAAUCCUCCUUCGCCUUUGAAUCUCUCUCCCACUUCACCGACCUCAUCUUCUUCACCUCCCUCGUCAUCUUCUUCUUCCUCUUCGUCCCCAUCAACAAUCAAACCCUCUACCCACCAGCCCUGGCACCAAGACUGUCAACCCUCGAUUCUCAAACUCGAGAUUGUAUGUGGAGAUCCUCGAAUUCCGAGUUUCGUUGUGGUCUUCGGGUUGAGAUUUCGAGGGGGCAGGAGACCCAAAGUCAAGUUUAGUGUCAAGAGAGGACACGGCAAAGCGAAGGAGAUGGGUGAUAUCCUAGGGUUGGACAAGAAUGGCGAGGCAGUAAGGAGGGACAGAGAUGCAAAAGAAGAGGCAAGAGCAAGGAAGAGAAAACGAGAGCAUGGGCAUUGA